AAAAAUAAUAGUCAGCUGAGAUAACUUUUGUUAUGGUUUAGUAAUUUGUUUAGUCAUCACAAAGAAAUGAAAUUUAUUUAUAAUAUUCAUGAAAAUUGCUAAAAUAGCUGCAGUUAAAGCCAUAAAAUGAAUAACACUAAUCCAAAUAUAUUUUUUAAUCCACUUAUUAGUGGCAUACAAAAGGUGGUACUCUACGAAACGCGCACUCGCCUCUACCUUGUUGGCAGCAAUAAUCGGGAAACGCGUUUUCGCAUGCUUACAAUUGAUCGCACACAACAUGAUCGUGUUGCCAUCGAUGAAAAUCCCAACGAGCUGAAUGCGUUGGAAAUACGCAGAUUCCUCAUUUCACUCGGUAGCUCAGCGCGAGUUACCUCCGCUUAUGGUGUAUUGGGUUUUGUGCGUUUUCUUGAAGGCUACUAUCUGCUGCUCGUCACGAAACGCAAAUGUUGCGCACAUAUUGGCAUGCAUUUGAUUUACACCAUAAAAGAUACGGUUAUGGUGCGCGUUAAUGAACCAACAACAUUGCGUGCGCCACAUCCCCAUGAAGAACGUUACAAGAAAAUGUUUCAAAGUAUCGAUUUGCGUAGUAAUUUUUAUUUUUCCUAUUCAUAUGAUUUAACGCGUACGCUACAGUAUAAUGAGUCGGCACCGCGUUUUGUAGGACCAAAUGUAGACUUGGACAACGAUGAGCCAUUACCCGACUGGGAUAAACUCACUAACAAUGUUGUAGCACCGGAUGAGCGUGUGAACUAUGCAUUUCGUAGCAAUUCGCGUACGCGCUUUGUCUGGAAUGCGUUCCUGUUGCAGCCGAUGCGUGUGAUUGUGCUUAAGGAUUGGAUGUUGGAAGUGACACAUGGCUACAUUAGUCAGUCGUGUAUUAGCGUGUUUGGACGGCAUGUUAAUGUGUGUUUAAUUGCACGACGUAGUACACGCUUUGCGGGUACUAGAUUUCUUAAGCGUGGCGCCAAUUGUAUGGGUGAUGUGGCCAAUGAAGUGGAAACGGAACAAAUAGUCACAGACGGUCAACGCAUGUGCUCGUUUACACAGAUGCGCGGAUCAGUGCCUUCUCAUUGGUCACAAGAUGUUGUCAAAAUGGUACCGAAGCCACAAAUACAGUUGGAUAUUUGUGAUCCGUUUGCGCAAACACCGGCGCGUCAUUUCGAUCGGCUACUUUUUCACUAUGGCUCACCGCUAAUAAUGUUGAAUUUGGUAAAGAAACGCGAGAAGCGUAAACAUGAAUCGAUCAUCUCCAAAGAGUUGGUCUACAGCAUACGUUACUUGAAUCAGUUUUUGCCACCGCAACACCGUAUGAAGCACAUACAUUUCGAUAUGGCGCGCAAGAGUCGUGGUGGCGGCAAUGUCAUGGAAAUGUUAGCCGACAUAGCGGAGAGCGUAGUCCAACAGACCGGCAUGUUUUUUAAGGCGCGCGGUAGUGAGUGUACUUUCCAAACAGGCUUAGUGCGUACGAAUUGCGUCGAUUGCUUAGAUCGCACCAACACUGCACAAUUCGCUAUUGGCAAGUGUAGUUUGGGUCAUCAGUUGGAGCGUUUGGGUUUUGUUAAGUCCGCCAAACUCGAGUUCGACUCAGAUUGUGUGACCAUGUUGGAGAAUCUGUAUGAGGAGCACGGCGAUACGCUGGCCUUACAAUAUGGUGGCUCGCAGCUUGUACAUCGUAUUAAAACUUACCGUAAAACGGCGGCGUGGGCUUCACAAGGCAACGAUAUAAUGCAAACAUUGAGUCGCUACUACAGUAAUACAUUCAGCGAUACGGAGAAACAGCAUAGCAUUAACCUUUUCUUGGGCUAUUACAUACCCAGCAGAAGUCACACAAAACAGAACCAACCAAUAUGGGAGCUGCAAACAGACUACUAUAUGCACAACGUCUACAAACCACUCACACCAGAAAAUGAAACCCGUCUAAUUACCGAUUGGGUGCGUCACAAAGUGCGCUCCUGUCUACCCCACUCCACUUCAGACUCGAAUAAAAUUGUCAAAGAACUAUUUCGCGUGCAUUCCAAAGGUCUCGAAAUGAUCGAUGCCUACUCGAAUUAUCAUCAGUCGUUUAAAUGGACUGAUCUCAGCGAACACAUAGCUUUCGAGAUUAGCCAACUGGCACUACGUUAUAUGCCCACAUUCCGCACCAAUUACUCGCCAUUCCAGCGACAAAUACAAGAUCGCAAAGCACGCAAAAAUCCCAACCUUACUGGUCAAAGUUCCACCAGCUCAACGAAUAGCAAUUCAUCGAGUUCCAGUUCCGAAGCGGAUGAUAGCUCCACUGAUGAGGAUAUAAGCGCCGGCUAUGCUGUUAAGGAUGCCAAUCAAACUGUGUUGAUAGAACAAGAACCAUUCACAUUGGAAUCGGUGUUGCCGCCUAUGGAUGAGGUAUACGGUUGCAAGAUUACCAAUCCAUCUAAAGCAAAUAUGGAUAUUUACCGGAAGUACGUGCAGUUCGGUAAAUUGGCUACUGGCAAUAAUAAUGCUUUCGCGCUUUCAACUGCGGCAGCACCACGUGAACGUGAUAAUGAAAUGGCUAACCUAAAGCGUAGCAUAUUAAAACCAUUAAGUGAUUAUGGCAGUGAUUCGUACUUGCAAGUUACACCGCCAACCGUGAGCGAAGAGAGUCAAAAGAUUUAUGCAGAAUAUUGCAAAGUGCCGCGUAACUUCAAUGCAGUGCCGAAAUUCGAAGAAACCGAUGUACUAUUCCGUUAUGUGCAGAUGCUCUGAAGUCACAGUUGAAUGUGUAGACGAGUUGAAUAAAGUAUUAAUAUUAGUCACUAACUUCGAAAUAUCUAUUAUCGAUGCUGUGGAGGGAGAGUCGGGGACCGAGGUGUUGCCAUUAAUACCUUCACCGACUCGUACCCGGAGUUAAACCAACAUAUCGCAGACGAAGAGAUCCCGUUUCUCGGAGAAUAUAGAGUGAUCCUAGUGCAACUUCGUUUUGGACUUUGUAUACCAAAAUAUGCCCUGCGUACAACGAGUCACAGCAUGGCACUAACGACCUCUUUGCAUGCUCAAUGAAUCCAAAGAUCUAACAGCGCGUUACCUAUGGUCUGUUCUCAUCGAAAUAGCGCGUUUCCUGGGCCUAUUGUUAGAUAGCAGGCGGGGAUUUCUACAACAACAACGCUCUGAGAACUCUGGUCCGCGUCGAAUUGGCCGCGAUCUUCGUCUUUCUCCCCUCUCUAUCUAGUUAUAUUAAGCUUAUAAUUUUAUGCAAAUUUGUAAUAUUUUUAUUUUAAUAAAAUCGUUUGCUAAUAUAUAAUAUUA